AUGCCUUGCGUGAAGACGUCCACGCUCAGCAGCGCCCUGACUGCAGCCACGGCAACCCUGUCGUCCAUCUACUCAGGCUCCGUGCCGACCUCGGCCCCGGCUGCUGUCCAGACGUCCGUCUCCGUUGCCACGUCCUCGGCCGUGGCCAGCAGCGCCGCGGCCCAGGCCACCGAUGCCAGUAGCGCGCCUGUUGCGCCGACUGCGACCAACCAGACCACAUACGCUGGAAUCAACAUCGCUGGGUUUGACUUUGGUUGCGGCACCGAUGGAACCUGCACUGUGGAUGGAAUCACAGUGCCCAGCACUGGUGCGGCACAGAUGCAGCACUUCUACAAAAAUGACAACAUGAACAUCUUCCGCCUGCCUGUCGGCUGGCAGUAUCUCACCAACAAUGUUGUUGGUGGGGACCUGGACUCUACCAACUUUGGGAAGUACGAUGGGUUGAUGCAGAGCUGUCUUGACCUUGGGGCAAAGUGUGUCAUUGACAUCCACAACUACGCCCGAUGGAAUGGGCAGGUCAUCGGCCAAGGCGGCCCGACGAACGACAAAUUCGCCGCUCUCUGGGCCUCUCUGGCCACCAAGUACGCUGACAGCCCCAACGUCAUCUUCGGAAUCAUGAACGAGCCCCACGACGUCACGACCUCGGCCUGGGCCGAGACCGUCCAGGCCGCCGUCACGGCCAUUCGCAAGGUCGCCCCGGACCACUGGCUGCUCAUCCCCGGCAGCACGUACUCGUCCGCCGCGGCCCUGCCCACCGAGGCCGGGCCGGACCUGCUCAAGGUCACCAACCCGGACGGAAGCACCAAGAACAUCUUCUUCGAUGUGCACAAGUACCUCGACAGCGACAACUCAGGCACCCACACCGACUGCACGACCAACAACAUCGACGACGCCUUCGCGCCGCUGGCCAAGUGGCUGCGCUCCAACGGCCGCCAGGCCAUGCUCACCGAGACGGGCGGCGGCAAUACGGACUCGUGCGAGAAGUACGUGUGCGAGCAGUUCGCCUUCCUCAACGAGAACGCCGACGUCUUCCUCGGCUACGUCGGCUGGUCCGCCGGCGGCUUCGACAGCACCUACGAGCUGUACCUCACGCCCACCGGCACCUCUGCGGACUCCAUGACGGAUACGCCUCUGAUGAGCAAGUGCUUUGCUCGGUAA